AUGACGACAAACGGAAUUAAAGAAAAUGGUGUCAAGAAAACGAAUAACCCAUAUAUGCCACGAUAUGAAGAUUUACUGAGUCGAGUCAGUAACUUCUCUAUCAUCGAAUCAACUCUUCGAGAGGGUGAACAAUUUGCCAAUGCUUUUUUCGAUACUGCUAAAAAGAUUGAAAUCGCCAAAGCAUUAGAUGAUUUUGGAGUUGAAUAUAUUGAAUUAACAUCGCCAGCUGCAUCAGACCAAUCAAGACAGGAUUGUUCGGCAAUUUGCAACCUAGGAUUGAAAGCCAAGAUUUUAACCCAUAUAAGAUGUCAUAUGGAUGAUGCUCGAAUUGCGGUUGAAACUGGUGUUGAUGGUGUUGAUGUUGUUAUUGGUACAUCAUCAUAUCUUCGCGAGUUUUCUCACGGAAAAGAUAUGGAUUAUAUCACCAAACAAGCUACCGAAGUUAUAAAUUUUGUUAAAUCUAAGGGAAUUGAAGUUCGAUUUUCAUCCGAAGAUUCGUUCCGUAGUGAUUUAGUUGACCUAUUAAGUAUUUAUCGCACAGUGGAUAAAUUGGGAGUAAAUCGCGUUGGUAUUGCUGACACAGUUGGUUGCGCAAAUCCAAGACAAGUUUACGAAUUGGUCAGAACACUUCGUGGAGUUGUGUCUUGUGACAUUGAAUGUCAUUUUCACAAUGAUACCGGAUGUGCUAUUGCAAAUGCUUAUGCUGCUCUCGAAGCUGGUGCGACUCAUAUCGAUACUUCGGUUCUCGGUAUCGGUGAGCGUAACGGUAUUACUUCUCUUGGUGGAUUAUGUGCUCGUAUGUACACUGCUAAUAAGGAUUAUAUCAAAACCAAAUAUAAGCUUCACAUGCUUCGCGAUCUUGAAAAUUUGGUCGCUGACGCAGUCAGUGUCCAAGUUCCAUUUAAUAAUUAUAUUACCGGUUAUUGCGCAUUCACACACAAGGCUGGUAUUCAUGCUAAAGCCAUUUUAAAUAAUCCAAGUACAUAUGAAAUCUUGAAACCAGAAGAUUUCGGGUAUGUAUCCAUUGGCCAUCGGCUAACGGGUUGGAAUGCUGUUAAGAAUCGUGUUGAACAAUUAGGCCUCACUCUUACUGAUGAUCAAGUUAAAAAGAUUACUGCUAAAAUUAAGGAAUUGGCAGACAUUCGUCCGCAAAGUAUGGAGGAUGUUGAUAAUCUAUUACGAGAUUAUCAUUAUGCUGUUACUUCGGGGGAUCUAUCACAAGUUGAAAGUGUUUUAUCUACAAAUUAA